UCAACACAGCAAUUUCACGACUUACGGCCGGAGAGAUGAGUCCGUGCGGAACCACCGUGAGCGGAACCGGUUUGGGCUCGCCCCGGAUCGUCUAACAGUGGAAGAGUCGAACCUUGAGGGUGAGGCUUUAUGUAAUGGACAGGGGAACUUCUUGCGAUAUCCUGACUGUUAACGGCGGUGAUCGAGGAAGUUAGGCGCCUACACAAGGCGUUUUCUCUGGAUACUCAGCGAACAGGGAUUCACCGGUUCGCGUCCAGUUUUUGUUGAGAUUUUUCAUUCUGAGAAAUCUGAAGGAUUCAGGAAAGUAACGCUUUUUUUUUCAAGUGCGCCGAAAACUCACUGCAUUGGCCGGUGACCAAAUGUACAGGAAAUUGACAGUGUCUGUUUGUUUGAAUGGAAAAUACUAAACCGCAGACCACAAGUGCUUUGUUUCCAAAUUACUCAUAAGCCCGCCGUUGGAUCAAUUUCGUCUGUUUUGAUGAAAAGGGAAGAAAAGCUCCCGAUUACUGAAUACUGAGUGCUUACAUUUUUUCAUGUAAGCUGAGGAACGUCGCAGCUUCUAAACUUCGCUGGGACGUGUCAUCCAAACCGGAAUUCAACGAGCCAUCGCAUGUUUCAGAGAAUUACAUUACGCUAUUUGUCUUCUCAACAUGUUGGAAAGGACGCUUAAAACUGGCCGCCAACGAAGCUUUGCUAACUGAUGAACGGGUCAAAAUUGUCUGCGGAAAGGAUCCUUUUGAUUGUGCUCGAGAAUAUCACUUCAGCGGAGAAACUUGGUGCGUCAAAAUUCCUGAGUCGAUAGCUCCAAAAUCAGGAUCACAAAAAUUAGGUUCACCUGCAGCAAAUCUUGUCGUCAAGCCGUAAUCGUCACUUUGUCGAGAAUAUAUUUUCAUUUCUCUCGUAAAGCAACUACUCUAACCUGUAAGACCAGCAUGCACUCGACUCAGCACAGCUUGCUAGUCGGCCUUCUAGUGCUGGGAACCGGCCUCGAGAUUGUCGCGCAAUCGACGGCCACUGUAACCUGUGCACUGGACGGUUUCACCGCUGUCGUGGGGUCAUGCUACUUGGACGGGGAUCCCGGCAAUUCGAGCUGGGAGGAAGCCAAGAAAUACUGCCUCCGCAAGGGUGCCCAUCUACCGUAUGUAAACAGCGGCGAGGAGUCCAGGUACCUAGUGGACAUGGCUUCGUCGACGAACGAUCCCAUAUGGCUGGGGCUACGUGUUACUGAGGAUUCUGAAAAGAGCGCCCUCCAGUGGGGAGACGGCUCUCCGGUGGACGCCGACCUCUGGAUCCAGUUCAACCCUGACCGUACGUACGCGUGUGCAGCGCUACGCAAAACGGACAAGAAGUUCGAACUUGCUGAUUGCAGUGACCUCAACCACAGGAUAUGCGAGAGCGAACCGGAUACGCCUCAGAACCGAGAAUUAACGACGCCGACGGAAGCCAAGUCAUCAAAAGCUGAAACCACAUUGGAUGAUACCAUCCCAAAGAUGACCACAACGGAAACCACUGAGACUUUGAAUAUCGGGACAUCUCCGCAGACCGCAGCUUCUGAUACCGCAACAAUGCCCGAAGCCACCGCUACAAAUUUUGUGAGCAUAGCCCAAAAGCCCCGUCGCUGA